AUGGCUCCUCAUCACGAUGCCUUGUCACCGACUGGCAGUUAUACAGCGGGCUUUAACCAUUUCUCUUACAGACAAGCACAAUCCUCAGAACUCAGAAUGGGUGACAUCAGCCCUACGGGAUCGCAGGCUUCUCUAAGUAGCUCUUACGACAGCUCCUCGCUCGAGCCGGCGGCCCAUGCGGUUCGUCCACUGUUACCCGGGGUGUACGUGCCCACCAUGUGCUUCUUCGAACCGGAGACAGAAGACCUUGACACGGACACGAUAGCUCACCAUGCUGUGCGACUUGCACGAGCGGGUGUGACAGGCUUGGCCACACAAGGGUCCAAUGGCGAGGCGGUUCAUCUAACGCACGCAGAACGCCAGCUAGUCACUGCUACCACGCGACAGGCGCUUGACGAUGCGGGUUUCCGUUCCAUGCCCAUCAUAGUGGGAUGCGGUAGCCAGAGCACGCGUGAAACUAUCCAGUAUUGCAAGGAAGCUUGGGCAGUGGGCGGUGACUACGCCCUGGUCCUGCCGCCAUCCUAUUACGCGUCACUCUUUGCGCCGUCAUCGGAGACAGUUUUGGAAUACUUCCACAAGGUGGCGGAUGCAUCGCCGAUCCCCAUCAUCAUCUACAACUUUCCCGGUGCUGUGGGAGGCAUGGACCUUUCUUCCGAUACCAUCAUCGCGCUCUCCAGCCACCCCAACAUCGUAGGCGUCAAGCUCACCUGUGGCAACACGGGAAAACUCAACCGCGUGGCAAACGCGACCCGAAGACUAUGCAAGAAUUACGAUCACGAGCGCCCUGAGUUCCUGGUCUUGGCCGGAUCGGCAGAUUUCUCUAUCCAGUCACUCGUCGCGGGGGGCCACGGCAUCCUGGCGGGACUAGCCAACAUUGCACCCAGGGCCUGCAUCCGGACCAUCGAGCUCUUCCGAGCGGGAAAGGUCGCGGAAGCGCAGAAGUUCCAGGACGUCGUGUCCCAAGGCGACUGGACAGCGAUCCAAGGUGGUGUCGUGGGUGUCAAGGCCGGAUUACAGGCCUGGAUGGGUUACGGAGGCUCCGCUCGUAGUCCGCUGCCAAAGCCGACUGUGGAGCAGACAAAGAGGUGGCAGAGUGGCUUCAAGGAGCUGGUGCUCCUCGAGAAGACUCUAUGA